UCAAGGGCAAAGGAUUAAUCUGUGGUCCAUAAUAUUGAUUUUUAUUUUUUGUUGAAGGCGAUUAUACUUUGUAAAUUCCGACUAUCAUUUUUGCAAGUGAAAAUGAGUGAAUAUAAAAACAACACCGAAGCAUUAUCUCAAUAUCUCCAGUCAAUGGUCAAACUGGAGGAGCUUCAAAAAAUGACUGAGGAUCUGGAUAAGGAACUAGAAGACUCCCAGAGGUUGAUGUUGGAGAUCAAAAGUAUUUUCAGCAAUAUUCCAAACGGGGAAAAUCGGGCGCCGCUUAACGUCGAGUUGAGACGGGAGCAAUUGGCACAAUUUCUUGCUGCGGAUGGGCCUCGGCUGUUAAUGCCCGAUAUGGUAGAAGAGGUUAACGUAGACAUCGAAGCGGAAUUAACAGGUUUAAAAAAGGAGGCGGAAGAGUUAAAAAAAAAUAUCGCCGCGCCCCCAGAAAAUCAAUAUGAGCGUUCUGAUAGGCGAAAUGAGAAUUUAAAUUUGGAACAGUAUGCCGCGAGCUUGGAUGAGUUCUCAAAGCGUUUGGCGAGUAUUAAAUUAAAUAAAGCAAAUGGUAGCAACAGAAAUACAGUAUUAGAAAUGAAGUUGGCCCAAUUAUGUGAGGAUGUCAAUAAUUUAACACAGGUGGUACAGACUAAGACAAAACUGGCAAAGGCAAACAACAAAGGGAUGGCAAACCAGUUGGACAAUAGCACUGCCAUGCUCUAUGAUAAUCUGAUCAAUAAAUUGAUUAGCAGCGUCAAUGAAACAACAUACUUAUUACAAAAUAGAACUUAAGAUGGUUUUCUUGUAUUCCUAAACAUGUACUGAAUGUCUGUAUUUUAAUGUGUAGGCUAUAUUACUGUAUACUUGUAUUUCUAAGAUUUAUCUAAUUCUUUUAUUAUUGAUGUAAAAUAAACAACAGUCAGCUGUAUA